UCUCGGAGGUUUCGGACUUUCCUAGGAUCACUUCACUGGCCAUGACCUCGGUGACGAAUUUGCUGUGCUUCGUUCUGGGGGCAGCGGCCAUGGCAGCCUUUGUCGCGCUGCUGCUACCGUCUGCUCCGUGCCCCUACACCAUCGCAGAUGCUGGCAUCAGGAAGCUCAGCACGGCCGCGGUCGCAAGCGAUGACGACGGGCUCGCGGAGCUGCUUCGGAGCGCGUCCAUGGAGGACAAGACCGUCAUCUUGGCCUUCGCCAACGAGGCGCAUGCGCUGCCCGGCUCGCUCCUCCAGAUGUUGCUGGACAGCCUCCGCACCGGCGUGAGGACGGAGCCCCUUCUGAAGCACCUGGUGGUGGUGGCCACCGACCCCAAGGGGCUCGAGCGGUGCCGGCGCAUGCACCCGCUCUGCCACCUGCUCUCCGGCGCGAACGGCGCCGCCCCCAAUGGCACGGAGCUCAUGUUCUAUGACAAGGACUACGUGGACAUGAUGUGGGCACGCAACAGGUUCCAGGCGCGGGUGCUCGCGCUCGGCUACUCCUUCCUCUUUACUGACUUGGACAUCUUGUGGUUCCGAAACCCGCUGCUGCGCAUCCCGGUCGGCGCCGACAUCACCCUCGGCUGCGACAACCAUUUCGGCACCAACCCGUACGACCUCGACAAGGCCGCCAACGGCGGGUUUGUGUACGCGAGGCCGACCGCGGCGUCCCUGGCGUUCUUCAGGGACUGGUACGAGGCGAGGACGCGGUGGCCCGGGGAGAACGACCAGGUGGUGUUCAGAGAGAUGAAGCACGAGCUGGCUGCAAGGCACGGGGCGACCGUGCAGCUCGUGGACACUACCUACUUCCAUAGCGCGUGCGAGGCGUGGAAGAAGUUCAACUUCCAUGAGAUAUGCACCUUCCACGCAGCCUGCAUCCACGGCCUGCAGGACAAGAUCGACAGGCUCAACGCCGUGCUCGACGAGUGGAGGCAGUUUAAGGCGCAGCAGCUGCUGCUCGGCGCCAACAGCACCGCGCUCACCUACUGAUCAAACUUUCUUCGGUCAUCGCUGGCUGCCUGCUUGGUUUGCUUCCUUGUUUUACCGGAAAAGAUUGACCUCUGCAAUUGUUGGGUUCUCCCUUGUCUACCUAGACUAGUUGAACAUCGGUGCGUUGCCAUGGAACAAUAAAUUGGGGUGUGGAGACCCUGA